AUGGGCGAUGCUGCUGCUGCUCUGCAAGUACCAUCUCCUCAUCCAGACGACUCAGACGACUGGUCAGACAUCAGCGAAACUGAAAACAAACGAAGAACGGCCCGUGCUCGUAGGCGUCGGCAGCAGGAGCACAACCCUCGCCGUUCGGUCCAGAAGCCUACGGCGCCAACAAGUCCAGAGACCUCCAAGCCGCCACAACUCGAGUUUGGACGUUGCACUGAUCGACCACGCUUGACAUCUCCAAGAUCGCUGAUCACUCUAGCCCUCCACAAGCACAACGAUCAUGCUUCGUCAGACCGGCCGCAGAUUAGACAGGCGACAAGCGCAACUGGGAGUAUGACGCCUCGAGACGAUUCGACAGCACGGCGCAACUCCUUCUCGGGUGCUGAUAGGACCACGCACCACGAUGGUAUUUGUGCCCUAUCCUCCUGCCCGAUCUCCAACGUUGCCGGCAAAGUGCUGACAAAGUGGGAGGUCCACGACAGCGUGAUAGAGCACGAGCAAGGUAGGGGAUUGGCGAAGGAGAUUCUUUUCGAAAAACACUCUUCUCGUACCCAGAAAGUCACAUACAACCGGCACCAGGCGCUGAAGCAGGUACCUUACGAUCUUCAUCCCAGAGUGUGGUAG